AUGGCUGACAGCAACAAGAACAUGGAGGAGAAGGCCGAGAAGACCCCGAAGGCCAAGUCCAGCAAGGACCCCGAGGGAGAUGGGCGGGAGGAGGCCGAUGAGUCCGAGAACGAGUCCGCGAAGUCCCUGGACUACGAGCACAGCAAGGAGGGGGUGCCUCGGGAUGACAGCAAGACGGAGGAUCCCACCAAGGUUGAAAUCGAUGAUAUGCUUUUGCAGUGCGAUGUUGCCCACUUCGCUGCGAUCCUGAAAUCCGAGGACAUCUUGACGGUGGACGAUGCCGUGGAAGCCCUAAGCGAUAUGACGGGUGACUGGAUUCGCCAAAUGGGCGAGACCGCUCGUCUCGCUGCAGACGCCCUGACUUUGAAGGGCAAGCGAGCUUUGUCGGAGCAUGCGGCCAAAGUCGCAGCCGAGGGCUCCCAGGAGAACGAGGGGGAUUCCGCAAAGUUUUGGCAUGAUGAGCUGCAGGCUCGCAGCUCGCAGCAGAAGGGGAGAGGUUUUGGCAUGAAGAGCCCUGGGCGCCUGAACACGCCUUGGUACGCUUGA